AUGGGUAAACCUGGUGGUCAGAAUAAUGCAACUUAUUCUUAUCUUGAACUUCAAGAAAUGAAUCAUGUAUCAGUAGAUCCAGAUUCUGAUUUACGUCUAAAAAUAAAUGAAGAUCUAUUAACUCAUAAUGUAGAAAAUAAUACAUUUGCUGUAAAAAAUGACAUGUAUGCACUUCUUACAGUUGUAUCAGAAGAUGCAAUUAAUAGAUUAUUUGAUAAUAUUCAAAUGAUUGAAAGUGUCGCAGAUUGGGUUAUAUUUUAUAGACAGCGAUGGGUCAUUGCAUCAUUAGAUAGAUGUAUAUCAAAAAUUGACACUAUUUAUAAUCAUCAAAAAUAUAAUGUGCCUAAUCGUGGAUGUGAUAAAAAUCCUAUCACACAAAAUGUACAAUCAAAUAAACGUAAAGCUCUUAUACAAAUUAAGAAAUCAAAUACUUUGAAAUCAAAGUCAAUGCUUGUAAAGCAUAAACAAAAUGUGCAAUCCGGUAAUAAGAAAAGAAGUAGAAAAACUAUUGUAAUUGAUUCUGAUACUGAGGUUGAAAAUGAAGAUGGUAAAGAAAAUAAGUUGACCUCAAAAUUUAAUGAACUUGAAUAUCAGGAGAAGGAUUUAGCUCUUAAAGAGCGUAAACUUGUUUAA